UUAUUGAAUGUUUCAGUUUUGUUGCAAACGAGGGGUAGAAGUUACAGUUACAGUCCCUCACCACCAAGGGAUUAUGGUAGGAGCUAUCACAGCCCUAGCCCUAGGGGUCGGUGCGGUGGUCGUGGUAGAGAUCUUCCCACAAGUCUUCUUGUUCGAAACCUUCGCCACGACUGCAGCGUAGAAGAUCUCCGUGGACCUUUCGGGCGAUUUGGUUGCCUUAAGGACAUCUACCUGCCUCGAGAUUAUUAUACUGGAGAACCACGUGGUUACGGAUUUGUUCAGUAUCUUGAUCCUGCUGAUGCAAAAUAUCGUAUGGAUGGUUAUGUUCUUCUUGGACGAGAACUUACUGUUGUAUUUGCUGAGGAAAACAGGAAGAAACCUUCAGAAAUGAGGGAAAGAUACCGCAGAAGGAGCCGGUCAUAUAGGCGUUCCCCACUUUGUUAUUCUCGAUCACCGCGAUACAGUCGAAGUUACUCCCGCAGUCCAGACUAUCACUCUCCUCCUAGGAAAAGGCGUUACUCGAGGUCAAUUUCACCCAGAGAUAGGAGGUAUAGAGGACGAUCAUACUCAAGGUCACCCUAUAGUAGGAGCAGGAGUCCAAGUGUGGACUAUUCUAGGUGACUGAGUUGAUGGCGUGAGUAUUAGUAUGUACAUGUGUCGGAUGAUAAAUUUAGCCUGUCUUGAGGAUUGUAUAAUGAGAACAAAGUUGAUUGUUGAGUUC